AACAAUCAAAACAAAGCAAUUUUUUUGUUAGUUCUUAUUACUUUUUCGUGUCAGUUACUAUUGAGUAUGGAAGCCAAUGAGCCCAGAAUGCAGAAUCAGGACACCGCUCCAUUAAUGGAUCCGGUUUUGUUCUCUGACGAUGGAGGAACGUUCAAGCCGCUGAAAACGGUGCCCGCAUUCAGCAUACACUUGCUUAUUUCGACGAUAAUCUCAAUUGUGGGCAUUUGCUUGGCGGCUACUUGGGAACCAGAGAAGCGAUGCGACGCCUACUUUGUAAUGCUAUACUUGCGCGCCACAUUCUGGGUGAUAACUUAUCUCUUUGAUCAUUAUGUGAAGCGGGAACACGAUGCGCUGCGCCUGAACGGCUACCACGACUUUCACAGGGACACGGCCAUGCAGAAGGGCAUUCCACUGCAUGUGGUGUCCUUGUGGAACUCAAUGCUGUUGGCCGUGCAGGCGCUCAUUCAUCACUACUAUGGCGAGAAUUUCUUUGUACAUUGUGCCGCCGGCUGGCUCUCGCCCGUCGCAUAUGUGACUCUUUUCAAUGUGGCCGAGAAUGUCGUUUUGGCGGCCAUCCAUGGCUGUUACAUUAGCAAGGUGCGUAAAUUCAACAAAGCCGCACCGCCACCAGAUGUUCUGCGUGGCGCCGACAGCGCCAGCGGCUCACUUGGACUGAUGCAGCCAGAGGGAAAUACCGCGGAGCUGCUGGAAAAGCAGGCCGAUCUCAUCGCCUAUUUGCGCGAUCACUCGAACAAACUCAAUCAGAAACUCCACCAAUUGCAGACCAGUGUCCAUCCAGUGCGCAUACCACAGAUUCCUUAAGACUUACUCACUAAAUGGAAGGAUCAAACAUAGUCAAAGACAAGUAUAUGACUACAGUAUAUGAUUGGUUUUGUGUAUUUUCAUUUAUUUUUGCGUCUUCUUUUGUAUUAUUCAAGGCAUUGAAAUGUUCUUCAAAAGAAAAAACACAUUGUAGUAACGCGAUUAGGCUUUAAAAAAUUAAUAACUGUAAAUACAAAAAAUAUGUAUGUAUCCGAACCUAUAAAUGUUAUACAACUAAUAUAUUCAUAAGUUGAUUAUACAAAAUAUA